GUAACGGUCAUCUGUACUGUAGUCCCUUUGUUUACAUACAUCUCUGCAUCGUGCACGUUGCACCACCCCACCUGCUAGAGGGAGAAACGCUGGGAUAGCAUGCCCCAGUUAAUAGACUGCUAACCGGCGAGCGAGCGAGAUAACGGUAAUUUACAGAAGUUCCUUUUCGGUCCAGGUAACGUUAUCGCCCUACGACGUGAAGACGUUCCGAUGAAAUGGUCAACCAUCUCUACUUUUGACGGGCAUGUGUACAGCUAUGCGAGCCAGCGUCGGCUAGCUUGCCUUUACCAGCUAGGUUACUGCUAGCUGUUUUGAUGCUGCUGAUUGAUGGCCGCUAGCCAGUUUAGCGUCUCCUACUGCAACGAUUCGGGACAGUGUUGCAUGACUCCAAAAGAGAGUAGUUAGCGACAUUGCCUUGUGGCCGCCAUGGGCGCUUUCUUUCGGAGCGAGGAGGUGUGUCUCGUGCAGCUCUUUCUCCAAUCGGGGUCAGCCUACAACUGCGUCAGCGAGCUUGGAGAGCUAGGACUGGUCGAAUUCCGAGACUUGAACCCCAAUGUCAACUCGUUCCAGAGGAAGUUUGUGAACGAGGUGCGGCGCUGUGAGGAGAUGGAGAAGACCUUCACGUACCUGGAGCAGGAGAUCGUUCGGUCCCUGUUCCCCCCGCUGGCGGGUCCUCUCCCCACCCCCAGCCCCUUGCCCGCCGCCCCCCAGCCCAGAGAACUCAUGGCCAUCGAGGAGGAGAGCGAGAGGCUGGCCCGGGAGCUACGAGAGGUGUCCAGGAACAGAGACUGCCUGAUGAACCAGCUGAUCCAGCUCAGCCAAUACAGAGGGGUUCUGAUCCAGACACACACUCUCACUGUCUCACAGGCUCAUCCUCCCUCUACUCUGGAGACUGCUGCCUUACUGGACAACAGACAAGACAUCAGGCUGAGUUUUGUGGCUGGCGUGGUCCACCCGUGGAAGGUUCCGUCGUUUGAGCGGCUGCUAUGGCGAGCGUGCCGCGGUUACAUCAUCGUCGACUUCAGGGAGAUGGAGGAGAGGCUGGAGCUUCCUGAAACGGGUGAGAUGGUCCAGUGGACAGUUUUCCUCAUCUCUUUCUGGGGCGAGCAAAUUGGACAGAAAGUCAAGAAGAUCUGUGAUUGUUUCCACACCCACACAUUUGACUACCCAGAGGGCACGACGGAGAGAGAGAAGAUUCUGCACGGGCUGCAGGGAAGGAUAGUAGACAUCAAAACGGUCCUCUCCCAGACGGAACACUACCUGCAGCAGCUGCUGUGUCGCUCGGUGGCCGUGCUGCCCCAGUGGAAGGUGCGGGUCCAGAAGUGUAAGGCCGUCCAGGCCGUGCUCAACCUCUGCAGCCCCUCCGUCACUGACAAGUGUCUGAUCGCCGAGGCCUGGUGUCCCGUCAGGAAACUGCUACUGCUGCAGAGCGCCCUGAUAGAGGGAACGAGGAAGAACGGUAGUGGUGUGGACUCAUUCUAUAACCGCCUCCCGGACCCCAGCACCCCUCCUCCCACCCUCUUCCACACCAACUCCUUCACAGCCGGCUUCCAGAGCAUCGUAGACGCAUACGGUGUUGCAAGAUACAGAGAGGUCAACCCAGCGGUGUACACCAUCAUCACCUUCCCCUUCCUGUUUGCGGUGAUGUUUGGGGACGUGGGCCACGGCCUCCUAAUGACCAUGGCCGCCCUCUGGAUGGUGCUGCAGGAGAGAGACCUCAAUCUCAGGACCAACGACAACGAGAUCUGGCAGAUGAUGUUUGGUGGUCGGUAUCUGAUCUUGUUGAUGGGUCUAUUCUCGAUCUACACCGGAGCCGUCUACAACGAGUGUUUCAGUAAAGGCCUCAGCCCCUUCCCGUCGGGAUGGCACCUACAACCUAUGUUCCAGCACUACAACUGGACUGAUGAGACUCUGCGGGAGAACCAGUAUCUUACUCUGGACCCGAACGUGACCGGAGUGUUCCAGGGACCUUAUCCGUUUGGCAUCGACCCGAUCUGGCGGCUGGCCAACAACCACCUGACGUUCCUGAACUCGUACAAGAUGAAGAUGUCCGUCAUCAUCGGGGUCGUCCACAUGACUUUCGGAGUCUGCCUGUCCUUUUUCAACUACAUUCACUUGAACCAGCUGAGCAGUGUGUUUCUGGUACUGAUCCCAGAGCUGUUGUUCAUGCAGUGUCUGUUUGGCUACCUGGUCUUCAUGGUGUUGUUGAAGUGGGUGGCGUUCAGCCCCCAGGACUCCGACCGGGCCCCCAGCAUCCUCAUACACUUCAUAGAUAUGUUCCUGUUCACUGAGAAUGAGGAUAAUCCGCCCCUCUACCGCGGACAGAUGAUAGUCCAGAGGGUCCUGGUGGUGGUCGCUCUGGCGUCAGUGCCUGUCCUGUUACUAGGGAAACCACUCUAUCUCUACUACAACCACAGGAGACGAGCCAACACAAGAGGGGGAGAAGGGCGCCCCCUUGUGACGGACACCAGCUCCAUCAACGCGUUACAAGGAGACCUGGAGGAAGGAGGAACCAGAGAGGAGGAGAAGUUUGAUACAGCGGAUGUGUUCAUGCACCAGGCCAUCCACACUAUAGAGUACUGUCUGGGCUGCAUCUCCAACACAGCUUCCUAUCUACGACUGUGGGCCCUCAGCCUCGCACAUGCACAGCUGUCGGAGGUGCUAUGGGUGAUGGUGAUGCGUAUCAGCCUGUCGUGGCAGGGCUACGUGGGAUCUGUAGUUCUAGCCGUCAUCUUUUCCUUCUUCGCAACACUCACCGUCUCCAUCCUGCUCGUCAUGGAGGGGCUGUCCGCGUUCCUGCACGCGCUCAGAUUGCACUGGGUGGAGUUCCAGAAUAAGUUCUACAGUGGAACGGGAUACAAGCUCAACCCUUUCUCCUUCUCCUCCAUCCUGAACCCUGUAUAGGCUUUCAACACAGGACAUUGUUACAGAGGAAUUGCAGUACCUACACAGAUAUAGCCCAAUAAUAAGCUUGCAUUGUUCUAUAUACCGCUUUCAACACAGGACGUUAUGUUACAUAUGAAAUACUGAGAUGUAGGGUGUUUGGGAUGGCAACCUAUUCCUUAUAUAGUGCACUACUUUUGACAAGAGCCCUAUGGAUCCUGGUCAAAGGUCGUGCACUAUAUAGGUUUUAGGGUUCCGUUUCAGAUGCAUCCAUAGCCUAAUAAGCUAUUGUUUGAUACUAACAAUUUUUGACUUGAAUUUUUAUCUUGCAGAUGGUAUCCUUCUUAAAAAGGAGAGGAACUUGUGAAUAUAGUUAGCGUUUGUUUUGCUCAGGAAGUGGUUUUUGACUUGCAGUUUCUCUUUAAUGAUGAGCCUACAACAAAGAUGGCUACUGUAGGAGUGCACAACGUGUCCCAGGGACAACUGGGGCACCAUUUUGUGCAUGGGAGCUUUCUAUGUUAUUACCACAAAUGAAUGCCAUUAAAGGAUUGUUUUAUAAUCCCUAAAAGCUUGUGGAUUGUCUCUACUUUACUGAAAAUCCACUACAAUGUUGAGUAUGAACACAGCAGCCAACAUAAAUGAUAGUUUAGAUACCUACUUAUACAAGGGUUUCUUUGCUAUUUUCUACAUUGUAGAAUAAUGAAGACAUCAAAACUAUGAAAUCAAAAUUUUAUAUUAGACAUUCUUCAAAGUAGCCACCUUUUGCACACUUUUGGCAUAAGCCCACUGGUUCCAGGUCAUCUACAAGUCCAUGCUAGGUAAAGCUCCGCCUUAUCUCAGUUCACUGGUCACGAUGGCAACACCCAUCCGUAGCACGCGCUCCAGCAGGUGUAUCUCACUGAUCAUCCCUAAAGCCAACACCUCAUUUGGCCGCCUUUCGUUCCAGUACUCUGCUGCCUGUGACUGGAACGAAUUGCAAAAAUCCCUGAAGUUGGAGACUUAUCUCCCUCACCAACUUCAAACAUGUGCUAUCUGAGCAGCUAACCGAUCGUUGCAGCUGUACAUAGCCUAUUGGUAAAUAGCCCACCCUUUUUCACCUACCUCAUCCCCACACUGUUUUUAUUUAUUUACUUUUCUGCACACCAGUAUCUCUACCUGUACAUGACCAUCUGAUCAUUUAUCACUCCAGUGCUAAUCUGCAAAAUUGUAAUUAUUCGCCUACCUCCUCAUGCCUUUUGCACACAAUGUAUAUAGACUCCCCUUUUUUGUACUGUGUUAUUGACUUGUUAAUUGUUUACUCCAUGUGUAACUCUGUGUUGUCUGUUCACACUGCUAAGCUUUAUCUUGGCCAGGUCGCAGUUGCAAAUGAGAACUUGUUCUCAACUAGCCUACCUGGU